ACUUUCUUUUCCUCAACCUCCAUUUCCAAUUCUAAUUGCUUUUCUAUCCUUUUCCAGUCUCACACUUUCUCUCUCUACAAAACUCACUUUCUCUCUCUUCCGCAAUCAGAUCACACAUUCCUCUCACCAUUUCCCGCACGAUCCUGACCUAGGAGCUUCUCCCGGUGCUCAUCAUUGCCGGAGCUCGCCGCGAACUUCCGAAGCAUUGUGCUCGCUGCGGUGGCGACGACGAUGACGGAGAUGCUGUAACAAUCUUGUCAAUUGGAGUUCGGUUAUCAUGGUGGAGGCUUUGAAUUCGAGCUCGGGUGAAGCAUUUGAAGUUCUGGAGUGGGCCAAUUCGGUGGUUGGGGAAGAUUUCGGGGAGUUUUUGGGUGGAUGGAGGGAUUUGGGCACGAGAAUGGGUGAAUGAAUGAAUGAGUGUAACUGCGAGAUUGGGGUUUGGAUUUUCGAACUAGUUUCUAAGGAGUAGUGUGUGAUUUUUCUUCUUGUUUCGUGUGAUGUCGCGGACUGAUAGCAUGACGAUGACGACGACGGCGACUUCAGAUCCUAACAGAACUGGUACUGCAGAAAGAGACACUGAGCAGGCCAUUACUGCAUUGAAGAAAGGGGCUUACUUGCUCAAGUAUGGAAGAAGGGGGAAGCCAAAGUUUUGCCCCUUCCGGCUUUCCAAUGACGAAUCUGUCUUGAUAUGGUUCUCAGGAAAAGAAGAGAAACGUCUUAAACUAACUAAUGUUUCUAGAAUUAUAUCUGGACAACGAACGCCUAUCUUUCAAAGAUAUCCACGGCCUGAGAAGGAAUACCAGUCAUUUUCACUUAUCUACAGUGAUAGGUCACUGGAUUUGAUUUGCAAGGAUAAAGAUGAAGCUGAGGUUUGGUUCAGUGGGUUGAAAACAUUGAUUUCACGCAGUCAUAACCGGAAGUGGAGAACAGAGUCAAGAAGUGACGGCAUUCCAUCUGGAGCUAAUAGUCCUCGAACGUACACUAGAAGUUCUCCAUUGAAUUCUCCAUUUGGUAGUAAUGAAAGCUUUCAAAAGGAUAGUGGGGAUCAUCUUCCUCUUCAUAGCCCAUAUGAAAGUCCUCCCAAGAAUGGUUUGGAUAAGGCAUUUUCUGAUGUGAUUUAUUAUCCUCUUCCUCCAAAGGGUUUCUUCCCUCCAGAUUCUGCCAGUGGUUCAGUCCACUCUGUGUCGUCAGUUGGAUCUGAUAGCAUGCAUGGUCACAUGAAGACAAUGCCUAUGGAUGCUUUUCGAGUUAGUUUAUCAAGUGCUGUUAGUUCAUCUAGCCAAGGUUCUGGUCAUGAUGAUGGUGAUGCCUUAGGGGAUGUUUUCAUUUGGGGGGAAGGCACAGGUGAUGGUGUUUUGGGUGGUGGAGCUCACCAAGUUGGAAGUUGCUUUGAUGCUAAAAUGGAUUCUCUACUGCCCAAAGCCUUGGAAUCGGCAGUAGUUCUUGAUGUACAGAAUAUUGCUUGUGGUGGUAAACAUGCAGCCUUAGUGUCCAAACAAGGUGAAAUUUUCUCUUGGGGGGAAGAAUCAGGAGGCAGGCUUGGGCAUGGCGUUGACUCUGAUGUUCCCCAUCCAAAGCUUAUUGAAUCUCUAAGUAGUACAAAUAUUGAACUUGUAGCUUGUGGGGAGUAUCAUACAUGUGCUGUGACACUUUCUGGUGAUCUUUAUACAUGGGGUGAUGGAACUUACAAUUAUGGUCUUCUGGGGCAUGGAAAUCAGGUGAGCCACUGGGCCCCAAAAAGAGUACAUGGCCUCUUGGAGGGCAUACAUGUUUCUUCUAUUUCUUGUGGUCCAUGGCACACUGCUGUUGUAACCUCUGCGGGACAAUUAUUUACUUUUGGUGAUGGUACAUUUGGUGUUCUGGGUCAUGGAGACCGAAAAAGUGUUUCCCUUCCAAGAGAAAUAGAGUCCCUGAAGGGUCUUCGCACUGUGCAGGCUGCUUGUGGUGUUUGGCAUACUGCUGCAGUUGUGGAAGUCAUGGUUGGAAAUUCAAGUUCCAGCAACUGCUCUUCAGGGAAGCUGUUUACUUGGGGUGAUGGAGACAAAGGUCGGCUUGGGCAUGGUGACAAGGAAGCCAAACUUGUUCCCACCUGUGUUGUAGCCCUACUUGAACCCAAUUUUUGUCAGGUUGCUUGUGGUCAUAGUAUGACUGUUGCACUUUCUAGAUCAGGCCAUGUCUAUACCAUGGGCAGUUGUGUCUAUGGUCAGUUAGGAAAUCCUAAAGCUGAUGGGAAGCUACCAACUCGUGUUGAAGGAAAGCUUUCAAAAAGCUUUGUGGAGGAAAUAGCUUGUGGUGCAUAUCAUGUUGCGGUUUUAACUUCAAGGACUGAAGUUUACACUUGGGGUAAGGGUGCAAAUGGUCGUUUAGGCCAUGGAGAUACUGAUGAUAAAAACUCCCCAACAUUAGUAGAAGCAUUGAAAGACAAACAAGUCAAAAGUAUUGCUUGUGGUACAAAUUUCACCGCAGCCAUAUGCCUGCAUAAGUGGGUAUCUGGUGUUGACCAAUCCAUGUGUUCUGGUUGCCGUCUGCCAUUUAAUUUCAAAAGGAAACGCCACAAUUGUUAUAAUUGUGGACUUGUUUUUUGCCAUUCAUGCAGCAGUAAGAAGUCUGUUAAGGCAUCAAUGGCACCAAACCCCAACAAACCGUAUCGUGUCUGUGAUAGUUGUUAUAAUAAGAUAAAGAAAGCUACAGUGACUGAUUCUUCGUCUCAGUCUUCAAUGAGCAGAAGAGGAAGUAUUAAUCAGGGGUCACUUGAGUUUGUUGGUAAGGAUGAUAAAUUGGAUUCCAAAUCAAAUAAUCAGAUUGGCAGGUUCUCUUCAAUGGAAUCCUUGAAUCAAGUGGACAGCAGAUCUUCAAAGAAAAAUAAGAAAUUGGAAUUCAACAGUAGCCGUGUCUCGCCUGUUCCAAAUGGAGGUUCACAAUGGGGAGCAAGGAAUAUUUCCAAAUCUUUUAAUCCUGUUUUUGGAUCAUCAAAGAAGUUUUUUUCAGCUUCUGUUCCUGGAUCUAGAAUUGUUUCCCGGUCAACAUCCCCAGUAUCUAGACGGCCUAGUCCACCUCGUUCAACUACUCCAACCCCAACGCUGGGAGGACUUACAUCCCCGAAGAUGGUCGUGGAUGAUGCCAAGAUGACCAAUGACAGCCUCAGUCAAGAGGUUGUUAAAUUAAGAUCACAGGUGGAAAGCUUGAAUCGGAAAGCCCAGCUUCAAGAAAUUGAGUUGGAAAGAACAACUAAACAGCUAAAAGAAGCAAUAUCAAUUGCCAACGAAGAGACUGCCAAAUGCAAAGCAGCAAAGGAAGUGAUCAAGUCGCUUACUGCCCAGUUGAAGGACAUGGCCGAGAGGCUGCCUAUAGGAGCAACCAGGAAUGUUAGAUCACCAUCUCUUGCUUCCUUUGGUUCCGACCUUGGUUCCAAUGACGUUACCAAUGCUACGAUUGAUCAAUUGACUAUUCAAACAAGAAGCCAAGAGUCAGACUUAACAGGAUCAAAUGACCAGUUGCUUUCAAAUGGAUCAAGCACUAUCACCAACCGUAGUGCAGGUCACGGUAAACACAGUCAAUCAAAUGCAACUAGCAGAAAUGGGUACAAAACAAAGGAUAACGAGUCUCGAAAUGAAACUGAAUGGGUUGAGCAAGAUGAACCUGGUGUAUACAUUACUCUCACCUCUCUACCAGGAGAUGUAAUAGAUCUUAAGAGAGUUCGCUUCAGUCGAAAGCGGUUUAGUGAGAAACAAGCAGAACAAUGGUGGGCUGAGAAUCGGGCAAGAGUAUAUGAACUGUACAACGUGCGCUUGAUUGACAAGUCAAGUAUUGGUGUUGGGAGUGAGGAACUGGCUCAUUGACUAACCUGUAUAUGAGAUAUUUUGCCUGGAGUUAAAGCUAGAAUGUACUAUCAAUUACAUUUGGCUUCCAUUUGAUAUUAAGUGUUGAGGGAAGCUGGGAUUGGCCUAAUAGAAUAGAAUAGAAGAAGGAUAUGAUUGUGAUGUUGUAAUUCCACCACUUCUUUCAAUUUUUUUUUUUUAAUUUGAUUUCUCUUUUCAUUUUUUUCCCUAUAUGUGCCGUGUGUGCGGGUUGAGGGUGAGAAAAAUGUAAAUUCUUGUUAGGGUUGCUGGCUCUUACUCAAAGUAACUGCAAUGUAAAGUUCAUAAACGAAUGCAUUAACUAAUUCUUCUAAACUAGUUAUAAAAUACCUUUAGCCAUGAGAGAGGUGGCUCUGAGUAGUUAA